AUGCCAGCUGUUCCACAGAUCCUGCUGGAAACUCUGGAAGAGCUGAAGAGAGCAGAACUGAAGAGGUUUCAGUGGUACCUCACUGCAGAGAAUGAACUAGAGGGCUUCUCUCACAUUCCAAAGGCUCAGCUGGAGAAUGCUGAUGUACAAGACACAGUGGAUAAGAUGGUGGAGAGACACAAACCAAGAGGUGCUGUGGAGAUCACACUGCUCAUCCUGAGGAAGAUGGAGCAGAAUAACCUGGCUGAGAAGUUAGAGAGUAAAGUCAGGGAAGAUACUGAUUCCACUUCACCUGAGACAAACAUCUCAGCUCAAAAUGAAGAUCAUGAAGCUGUAAGAAUCAAACUGAAGUCCAGUCUAAAACAGAAAUAUGAGCGCAUUUUGGUUGGAACAUCAGUGAGAGGCCAUAAAAAGUUCCUGAAUGAUAUCUACACUGAUCUCUACAUAGUGGAGGAUGAGACUGGAGGAGUCAUUCAUGAACAUGAGAUUAUGCAGGCUGAGGCAUCAACUAGGAGAUUUACUACAGAGGAAACUCCAAUCACAUGCAGUGAUAUUUUCAAAGUCCCAUCUGAUCCAAGUCGAAGAAACCGAAAAGUGCUAACUAUGGGAAUCGCUGGAGUGGGCAAAACUAUCUCAGUGAAUAAAUUCAUACUGGACUGGGCAGAGGGAAAGACCAACCAGGACAUAGAUUUUAUUUUUCCACUCCCCUUUCGAGAGCUGAAUUUGAGGAAAGAUAAAAAAUACUGCCUGAUAGGGUUGCUUCAUAAAUGUCUUCAAGGUUCUGCUGAAUUGAAGUCUCUUCCAGAUGGUGAUGGUAAAGUCAUGUUCAUUUUUGAUGGACUUGAUGAAUGUCGCUUUCCUCUUAGCUUCAAUGACAUUAAUGAGGAAGAGGAAGAAGAGGAAGAAGAAAAGAUUGAUCAGAAAACAACAGUUGGGGCACUAAUAACAAAUCUAAUCAAGGCAAAUCUGCUUCCCUCUGCUCUCAUCUGGAUAACCUCCAGACCAGCAGCAGCCCAUCAGAUCCCGCGAGACUACAUUGACCAGGUGACUGAAGUACGAGGAUUCAGUGAUGAACAAAAGGAAGAGUACUUCAGGAGGUACAAUGACAAGGACCAGGAUAUGGCCAAAAAUAUGAUCUCACACAUAAAGAAAUCAAGGAGCCUCCACAUCAUGUGUCACAUACCAGUCUUCUGUUGGAUAUCAGCCACUGUGCUUCAGCCAAUGCUAGGCAAAGACACCUGUGAAGAACUCCCUACAACUCUGACUGGGAUGUACACACAGUUUCUAAUUUUUGAAACAAAUCAAAAGAAAAAGAAAUAUGAGACUGAGCACAUUAUAUUGAAGCUUGGAAAGUUAGCCUUCCUACAGCUGGAGAAAGGUAAUCUGAUAUUUGAUGAGGAAGACCUGAAAGAGUGUGGCAUUGAUGUCAGUGAGGGUUCAGUGUACUCAGGAGUUUGCACACAGAUAUUCAGUCAAGAGCAGGGAGCCUCUGAGAGGAUGGUGUUCAGUUUUGUGCAUCUGAGUGUUCAGGAAUUCCUUGCUGCGGCAUAUGUGUUUCUCUCGCACUGUAAUAAUAAAGAGAAUGUUCUUCAUCCUAAUAAAAUUUGGUUUAUCUUUAAAAGGAAGUCAAAGAACUUAAAUGAGCUCCACAGAUGUGCUGUAGACAAGGCCUUAGAGAGUGAGAAUGGACACCUGGACCUUUUCCUCCGCUUCCUUCUUGGCCUCUCACUGCAGUCCAAUCAGAGACUUCUGAAAGAACUACUGCCACAAACAGUGAUCAGACCACAGAGUGUGGAGAAAACAGUUGACUACAUCAAGAAGACACUCGACAAGAACACCUCAUCAGAGAGGAGCAUCAAUCUCCUCUACUGUCUGAAUGAACUGAAGGCUGACUCCCUUGUGGAAGAAAUUCAAAAGUAUUUGGUCUCAGGACAUCUUUCAACAGAGAAACUGGCAACUGCACAGUGGUCAGCUCUGGUCUUUGUGCUGCUGAUGUCAGAGGAGACUCAAGAAAAAUUUGAGCUGAAGAAAUACACAGGAUCAGAUGAGGGGUUGAAGAGACUUCUACCAGUACUGAAAAACACCAGACAGGCUAUACUUGCUCUCUGUAAUCUGACUGAACAGUCCUGUUCAUCUGUAGCCUCAGUUCUACAGUCAGUAAACUGUCCCCUGAGAGAACUGGACCUGAGUAACAAUGACCUUCAGGAUUCAGGAGUGAAGUUUCUCUGUGUGGGACUGAAGAAUCCACACUGUAAACUGGAGAUAUUGAGACUUGCUGGUUGUAAACUCACCAAAAGAUCCUGUGAGACUGUAGUCUCAGUUCUACAGUCAGUAAACCAUCCACUGAGAGAACUGGACCUGAGUAACAAUGACCUUCAGGAUUCAGGAGUGAAGUUUCUCUGUAUGGGACUGAAGAUUCCACACUGUAAACUGGAGAUACUGAGGCUGUCUGGCUGUUUAGUGACAGAGGAAGGCUGUUCUUCUCUGGCUUCAGCUCUGAGUUCAAACCCCUCACACCUCAGAGAGCUGGAUCUGAGCUACAAUUACCCAGGAGACUCAGGAGUGAAGCUGCUCUCUGACAGAAAGAAGGAUCCACACUGUCGAUUGGACAUGCUCAAUGUGAGUCAUGGAGCAGAGAUCAGAAUCAAACCAGGAUUAAAAAAAUAUGCCUGUGAUCUCACACUUGACCCAAACACAGUAAACACACUCCUCUCUCUGUCUGAGGGGAACAGAAAAGUGACAUGUUUGAGAGAGAAUCAGCCAUAUCCUGAUCAUCCAGAGAGAUUUGAUGACUGUCGUCAGGUCAUGUGUAGAGAGAGUCUUACUGGACGCUGUUACUGGGAGACUGAGUGGAGUGGAGAUGAUACUGUUAUAGCAGUGACAUAUAAAGGAAUCAGGAGGAAAGGAGAGAGUGUUGGAAACAUUGACUGUGUGUUUGGAUACAAUGAAACGUCCUGGAGUCUGAGAUGCUCUGGUAACAGAUACUUUGCCUAUCACAAUGAUCAGAGAACUGACAUAUGUGCCCCCCCCUCACACACACACAGGGUAGGAGUGUAUCUGGACUGGUCAUCUGGAAAUGUGUCCUUCUACAAUGUCUCGUCUGACACACACACACUUACACACAUACACACAUUCCACUCCACAUUCACUGAACCCCUCUAUGCAGGGUUUAGAGUUUAUCAUGACUCCAUAUUGUCUCUGUGUCAGAUAAAAUAA